AUUUUUCGGGAUUUUUUUGGGGCAAUUUGGAGCAAUUUCGGGACUUUCCCGGGACCUCAAGGUGGAUUUGGGAUUUUUGGGCGGAAUUCUGUCGAUUUUGGGCUCAGCCUGGGGUCAAAGUUCACCCAAAGGUCAAAGGUCAAACCUCUCCCCCCUCCCCCUUUCAGCUCGACUUCCACCGCGGCCUCUUGGCCCCGCCCCCCUUCCGGAAGCCCCUCCCCCUUACAGCCCCGCCCCUCGCCGCCCUUCCCCCCUUCCUCCUCUUCCUCCUGCGGCCCCGCCCAAGGGGGCGUGUCCCCGCCCGGCCACGCCCCCCCGCGGGGGGCGGAGCCUUGGCAGUGGGCGGAGCGCGAGCGCGAGCGCUCCCGGCGGGAACGGGCGCGGGAACAGCGCGAGUGGGACCGGGGGAAAAGCCCCGCCCCCAACGCCGGGACACGCCCACCGGGGGGCGGGGCCGCGCCGGGACAUGCCCCCGAGAGGGGAGGAGCGGCAGGACACGCCCGCAAGGGGGCGGGGACAAGGAGAAAGGGCGGGGCCAGAGGGAGGCCAGGCCGGAGAGGAAAGAGAAGCCCCCGGAGGAGCCCCCGGCCAAGCUAUUGGACGAUCUCUUCCGGAAAACCAAAGCGGCGCCGUGCAUCUAUUGGCUGCCGCUGACCGACUCCCAGCUGCUGCAGAAGCAGGCGGAGCGGGCGGCGCGGGCGCGGGAGCGCGAGCGGCGCCGGAAGGAGCAGGAGGAGGAGGAGCUUCGGCAGCGCCAGGGGGGCGGGGCCAGCGCGGCGGCGGGGGGCGGGGCCAGCGCGGCGGCGGGGGGCGGGGCUUCCUCCGCUACAGGCUCCGCCCACUCGCGGUCGUCAGGAGGGGGCGUGGCCGGGCAGAGGGCGCCCCCUGGCGGCUCGAGGAAGAGGCGGAGCCGCAGCCGCAGCCCCCGGCGGCGCUGAUUGGUGGAAAUUGGCGGGAAAGGCCCCGAAAUUGGCGCCGGGGAGGGGGAGG